AUGGGGUGCCUGCAGAGCGUGGCCUGCAAGGCGCGGGUGCGUCGGGAGCAGAUCGUGGUGUCGGACGUGUCGGCUACCAUCGAGCCGGCGGCCACCGCCAUCGAGGAGAGCUCGCCGGUGGUGCUGCGGUACCGCACGCCCUACUUCCGCGCCUCGGCCCGCGUCCUCAUGCCCCCCAUCGCCCGACGGCACACCUGGGUGGUGGGCUGGAUCCAGGCCUGCAACCACAUGGAGUUCUACAACACCUACAGCGACCUCGGCGUGUCAAGCUGGGAACUGCCUGACCUGCGAGAAGGAAAAGUAAAAGCCAUCAGUGAUUCGGAUGGUGUGAGCUACCCUUGGUACGGAAACACCACAGAAACUGUGACCCUGGUCGGGCCCACUAACAAGAUCUCCAGGUUCUCAGUGAGCAUGAAUGACAAUUUCUACCCCAGCGUGACAUGGGCUGUCCCUGUAAGUAACAGUAAUGUGCCGCUGCUGACCAGGAUUAAAAGGGACCAGAGCUUUACCACAUGGCUGGUGGCCAUGAACACCACCACCAAGGAAAAGAUCAUCUUGCAGACUAUAAAGUGGAGGAUGAGAGUGGACAUUGAGGUUGAUCCCAUGCAGCUGCUGGGGCAGCGGGCACGGCUGGUGGGAAGGACUCAACAGGAGCAGCCCCGGAUCCUCAGCAGGAUGGAGCCCAUCCCACCAAAUGCACUAGUGAAACCCAAUGCCAAUGAUGCCCAAGUCCUCAUGUGGAGACCCAAGCGAGGCCAGCCUAUAGUUGUGAUACCUCCCAAGUAGAUCAGCUCCAGGGCGUGCAUGUGAGGACCUGGGAGCUGUCAGCCUGCUGCAAAUGAAUGGGGUUCCUGAGCCAAAGCAGACCUCUUGGGUUCUCCUGCCUUUGUAGCUGUGGUUGGAAACGCGCCUCCUUCUUAGUCAGAAAGAGAGCCUGGCUGGCACGGGCAUGUGGAAGAGGGAUCACUGAGCUGGAGGAUUUCCCAGGAAGCAGAAUCAAGUACUUCUAGGGGCUUGCAGCUGGCAAAGAGGCCGUCUGACCUAAAUGAGUCAUCUUUCCUUGCAGGGCAAUGCAAGGAGUAUGAGUGUGAUCAAACCAUGCUGGUGGCAAAUGUUGCUUUCCACCCAGCUGGAGGUAGAAGCAGAGACUGUGUCUGCUGGAUGUAGAGGGCUCCUGUGGUGACCCUUCCUGCUGGAUCAUGGGUGUCCGCAUGGUGUCUAUACCUAUGCAUUUGGAUCCAUAAUCGAACCCUGGUCCUGCCCGCUGGGGCUGGGCAGGGGGCUGGGGGUGAAAUGGGAGCUGGCAGUGCUGGCUGCUGGGCUGGAGCCUGAUGCUGGCCAGUACCACUGCCCAGGAUGGGUUUUCCACAGCUGAGGGGAAGUGGGACUUGUUUUGCAUGCAUUUGGGUGUGUUUGGAGUAGUUGUGAGUGUAGGAGAUGCCAUAGCUCUUUUCUGUCUUGGAGUGAGAUCUAAGGGCAGGUUAGAUGUCCUUUCGUUUUAAGGUGCACUAAUCCUUUGCAGUUCCUCAACCCCCAUCUCCCCCCCCCCAAAUCCUGCUGACCCUUUUCUUACAGGAGCAAAAUCGAUUCUCAGCUGAAUGAGAAAUCGGGAGCAGUGCCCAUUCACCUUGCCCAGGUACUCACUGAUUGUGUGUGGGGUGCCCAGACCAGCUUGGAAGUGCCCUGGGACUCACGCUCUUCCACUGCAGACCCAAGUCCUUUACAAGAAGUUGGGGGCUUGCUCAUUUUCCAUAGAAAUGCUGGCUCAUGUGGAGAUUCUCCUCCUUCUCAGCCAUCCACAGAGCAGGAUGGCUACUGGCAGGAAUGCUGAUGGAGAGGAUGGCAUGCCUUGCAGUAACUCUUCAGGCUCUGCAGGGAUGGAGGUCUCCUUUCCAUGGGUUGGAGGCAGGGAUGUGAGCAGGCGCUGUGCAAGGCAGGCCUGGGUUUGCCUGGGAAGGAGGUGAGCAUUCUGCCUGGGCAUUGCCUCCUGCUGCUGCAGGUGCUUGGAGGGUAACAGAGUUUUAUUUGUCUUCCCUAUUGCCCCUCACUGCCUGGAUGACUGGCAUCCUCUGGGGUGGUGUGGUGCUAUGGGCUGCAACCUGCAGCUCCCAGUACCUUGCCCUCAAGAUGCAGCAGGGGCAUAAACCAUGGCUGCCCUGCCUGUGCCACAGGUGCCCCAUUGCUCCUGGACAGGUGGUUAUGACUUUCGCUGCAUUCUCUGCUCUGUCCUCUGCCUCAGCAUGAGCCCUGUGGCUCUUCCAGCUCAUGUCCCUGCCUUCACACCAUGGGAGGUUUGCCCUGCCCUGAGGAUGUGGAUAAUUCCUACUGGGAGGGUUCCAUCUUCUGCCCCACUGCCAGGAGAACCUGGGGAGGGUCACUGUGUUUGGCACUUCCAUGCAAAGCCUUUUGUGUGGUAUUAGUAGCACUGCCCUCAGCAUUGCUUUGCUUCCUGUGGUGUGCUGGCACAUCUCUGGCAUUGCUCUGCAGAGCUUCAGCCAUGGCUUUUCCAGGGCAGGAUGUGCACCCUGGUCCCUUCCAGCAAAGGAGCUCCCCAGGCAUCUUAGACCAAAAAUCCAUGUGAAAUCCCUGUGCUAUUUAUUAUUCUCAGUAGUGUUUGCUGCUGAUUGGAAUCUUAUUUAUUUUUCCCUUUGGGAGUAUUGCAUUUUGACGCCUUGAUGCACAGUUUCCCAUGCUAAGGCCGGUGGUCCUACUCCCACUUGGCCUCACUAUGGGCUGGGAAUCUGCUGCUUUUGGUGCCUACACCUGGAUUUUACUGGGGGCUAUAUAGCCUUGUGGUGAGAAAAGUUUGAAGGGAGAGGGGGCUCUGAGUCUUGGUUUGCUUGUUUUCUGGAGCAAAAGUUCCACUGGGAGCUUGCCAGUGUGGGAAGAUGUCCCACUCUUACAAGACUCUGCCCAUGAUUUUGUUCUGAUAUGGGAUUGAUGGCAGCUUUUGCUGUCACUGAUGUUUUGUUUCUCAAAAAGCAUGUGUGGAGGAGGGAUAGAAACUUUAAAUACAAUUUUCUGUAGUCUUUGUGAAAAGAGGAGGGAUAAUACCUUUUGGUUUGAAAUAAGGGAGAUGUGUACUUUUGACCCAGUGGGACAGAAAUGUCUCUGGCAGCAUCAGAGCUAAAAAAACAGUGGAAGGGGUCCCCCAGUUUGAGUGCUAUGUGCAACUGUCAGACUGGGGAGAUGCUGUGGCAGCAUCGUGGUGCCUGCUGGCUGGGAGAGCGAGGAUGCUGGUGAGGGGUGCUGUUGAAUUUAUUGGGAUGUGCUGGCUGGCUAGAGCCUCCAUGUAUCAUCUGGUGCCGCACUGGGACAGCAGUGUCUGCCAUUUCUGGCCAUGUAUGUCUGCAGUGUCCCCAAGGAAGGCGCUUGGUGCUGCCUGGUGCUGGUGUCAGGCUCCGUGCCUGGCCAUAGCCUUGUGCCUGAGCUCCCAGGACUGCCCCAGCCUGCAGGCAGGCUCUGGAUGAGCCCUGGGGCCAUGCCUGUGCUCAACCCUCUGGGCUUCUGCUGGGCUGCCUACCUGCUCCUCUGAUGGCUAGAUUUGAUGUGCUUAACUCUGAUGCUCUUCACUCGGUUUGAUGUGUGGGUUGUCUACAUGGGUAUUUCCCCGUUUAAAAGGGAAAAAAAAUUACAAAAGUAGUGUGCAGAAACAUGCAAUUUGCAUGUUCACAAAAGGUGCGUGUUCACUUGGGCUGGAGGUGCCGGGUGAGCUCAGUAGCACCCACUGGUGGAGCCCGGGCACAGGGCUCUGUUCGAGUGAAGGGGAGAGGGAGGGAGACAACAGGGGAGAGCUCCAGUGUGUGAGUUGGGGUUUUGCUCACAUCCCUGUGGCCUGCGGCUGUACUGAUGGGGACCUGGAGCCGGAGCCCCAGCUGCAGAGCCCAUGCCAGGGACCAGUACCUAGAACCGUGGGUUCAGUUGCCCAACCGCACCAUGGGAUGCCUUCCCUGCACCCCCCUUUCGCAGUAGCAUCCCAUUAUCUCAGGGAGGAGCAGGUCAUGGAAAUGCCCACGUGCACGUUCCAUUUGCCCUGAGCCUUGGGGUGCCCCUUCCCCUCCAUCCUGUCCUUGGGUAACUUAUUUAUUUAUCUAGCUAUCUACUUACCUAUUUAUUUAUUUAUUUAUUUACUUGAGGUUUAAGUUAUUGUUAUUUAUUGACGGCUGGAAGUUGGGGGGGUUCAUUUCUGCUGCACGGUGGGGGCAGCUGGGUUCCCCCCCCCCAGCCCCCUGCGUUUUGGGGUGCUGCUGCAUGUUUGGGAUUACCGCUGGGGAGGGAUGAUUGAGGGCCCCCCUACUCCCAUUUCCUUUUGGAGCCAGGGGGAGAAAAGGAAGGGAAUCACAUCGGUGCUUGCAGGGAGGACACCCAGUGCCUGUCCUUUUCCUGCAGAAGCUUGUAGCCCUGUGCCCCCUCCCUGGGCACUGAGCUCUUUCCCAUGCCCAUCUGUAUUCACUGAUCCAGCCUCCUGGCAUUUCUCUGAUGGCUCCUGCUGGAUUUGCUGUUGCCAGUUCCUGGAGAUGGUGAGAAGAGCCAGGAUGCAUGGAUGUCACUAUGGAGAAAAGACCAAACCAGGUAUUCUGCUGCCGCAUGGGGAAAAUCGGAAGAGGAAAGCUGGUUUUGCAGAGUGCCUUAAACACAAAUGACUUUACUGAGUAGGGGGCUUGGACUUCUGUCUCUGGGUGUUAUUACCAACUCAAAUGUUGCAUUUUACUUCUCUGGGAUUAAAAGAAAACCACUUGAGCUGUACUGGAACCAAA